AUGACUUCUAAAGGAAAAGAAAUUUAUAAUACGAUUAAACGUUCAUUUGGAUCACAAACAUUUGGUAGUGCCAGUUCAUCAAAUCAUUCAAGUGGUGCUCGAUAUGCUGGUAGUUCGACCUCAAAAUGGAUACAUCCACCGGAUGUUUUAUUGAAUGGUCGAGUAGAGUACUCUGUGAAAAUGCUUGGUUUUGCAGAAGUUUCUGAACCAAAAGGAACACAUGUUAUCCGAGAAGCUAUUCAUGCUAUACGGUUUCAGCUUCAGGUAAAUCGAGGAGUUACGGGACAUUCAGGUUCGAAAUUGAAGAAAGUGGAUCUGCAGAUUAAUGUCGAUGGCUUGACAGUUAUCGAAACAAAGACUAGAAUGAUUUUGUUCAAAUAUCCACUUCACCGAAUUUCGUUUUGUGCUGAUGAUAAACAGGAUAAAAGAGUUUUCUCAUUUAUUGCCAAAACGGAAUCUUCCAACAGACAUGAUUGUUUCGUUUUUCUUAGUGAAAAAUUAGCAGAACAAAUAACCCUCACUAUUGGAGAAGCAUUCGAUCUUGCAUAUCAGAAAUUUUUGGAAAAAAAUGGUCGGGACUUAGAAAAUAAGAAACAGCUAAUCAUGUUGAGGAAACGGAUCGCAGAAUUAGAGCAAGAAAACAGUGAACUUAAAGACAAGCUUUCAUGUAUGAAACGAUGUCAACAGGAGGAUUCUGCGCCUCCUUUACCAAAUUCACCGGUGCCUCGGGAACCUCCUCCAGGAAUCACGACUUCUGUAAUAAAUAAUUCAAUACCAGCAAUUGUCCCUCCGCCAGCUAUUCCACGAAGAUACAUGAGUGCUGUUUUAACAACAGAUACUUCAACGAAUGUACCUCAGGUUGGGAGGCGCUUAGAAAAUCUGCAGUUGGAUAAAAUGGAAAAUUUGUUUGAUGAUGAGUUUGAUCCACGAGCAGGUGAGAGGAAAAAAUCAACUCAUGUAGAUGGUGCUGUAAAAAUGGACAUAAAGGAUAAAUUUGGUCUUGAUCCGUUCGGUGAUGACUUCAUGAACGAAGUUCUAGGUUUGGAACGCAGGCCAAACUUCGAAGAACCAUCAAUUUCCGAACACGAACCUACACCGGAACAGUUUGAUGAAAUGUUGUCAAUAGUUGACAGACGACUAACGGAAUUACGAGAUGGAUUUGCCCUUGGACAUCUGGCAAUGGGAGACACGGGUGAUGCAGCUCGUGAUUUGCACAAUAUUUAUGGAGUUCCACUUCAUUCUUUAGAUAGUCAUACAGAUGAUAAAAAUACUGCACAAAACGGUUAUACGUAG